UUCUCAGCCCAAUUCGACUCUCUUUCUUUUCUUCAUAACCUCACACCUCUAAUUUUCUCCACUUCCUUUUCUGUCUACUUUGCAAAUGGGUUAUACAGAUAUCGAUUCUUCCGCGUCAAAAAAGUCGACUCCUCACUUCAAACCAAUCGUCCCUGCUCCUCACUCGCGUGGUCUCAUCGCCACCCAUCCUUCCUCUAUACUUUCCACCCUCACCUCCCCACUCACCCCAGAUCCCUCACCCACCAUGACCCCCGAGGACCCAAAGUACCACUCGCACCGUCGCAGAGACUCUGGAUCAACCGCUACCUCUCCUACUGCCGCCUUUGCACAUGAGCACUCACGAAACUCUGCCAAGGGACACACGACCGCGGGCUAUCAUCUUCCUACGUUUGGCGACUUGAGCAAAACCGCGGCUCCCUCGAGCACCUCCUCUUCUCCCUCCAGCUCGUCUCGGCCGCUCCAUACUCUCUAUCCAAAUGGCACGCCUCCCAUGUCGCCUGGCCACGUUCUCAUCUCGCCCGUGCCACGCCCCCAUUACGGUAUCACUGACCCGAGUCAAUACUCCUCCUCGUCCUCAAGCGGGUUCUACCAGCUCCCACCUCCCCUUCAGCCAUUCGCGCCGCGUCAAAGCCCACAUCAGUCGCCAGCAAUACAGCCUCAAUCUAGUCAGGGCCAUUUCCUCCCUCCUCUGCCGCCUCUCCCCUCUUCCGCGCAUUCGACCAACUAUUCUCCGCGAUCCACACCUCAGAUGUCCCCACUUCCCAACCACUAUAUGGUCUCGCCGGCCAUGGGCCCACUCUCCCCUUACCCAACCCCACAGCACCAGCCGCGACACUUCUCGAGCCCACACUCUGACUCGAUGGCGGCACCGAAGCAGUCUAUCCCCGCCAUGAUCCUUCCGGCCUCAGCGCUCUCGUCCUCCUCUGGAGCCCAGGAGGCAGCUUCGCGAUCUUAUUCCACAAUCCUCCCACAUCGGGAUCAUUCUGAACUCAGCUCACCGGCCACUGCACCCGUUGCUGAUCACUCAGCCCCAAGCUCCCCUCGGCGGUUCAUGAUGCUCCCUCCCCAAAGUACACCCGCAAGCUCUUCAACACAGCGCACCUCCCGGUCACAGACCCGCAAGGACAGCGCUAAUACUGCUACCUCAACCACGACGACACCCACAAGACGUCGCGCCUCCUCCAAUAGCAAGCUUGUCGAUCAAGAGACCCGGGACCUGCUACGCAAGGUCUCGCACUCUGCGAUUGAACGCCGGCGACGCGAGCGCAUCAACGAUAAGAUUCUGCAACUCAAGCACCUGGUACCCGCCUGCGUCGAUGAGGACCAUCUCCAUAAGCUGUCGAUCUUGCAGAGCACGAUCGAAUAUAUCCAGCAUCUCAAGGCCAUUCUCCCGGCCUCGGUCGCGAACGCCAAGGUCGGAAGGGCGACGAACAGUAAUCCGAAUAACAAGACUACGGAUAUGCUCGAGGCCAUGGGAGGAUCAAUUUCAAGCAAGAGUCCAUUGACACCUUUGAUGACCACGGGAUUGAAUCAUAUCUAUGAAAAGAGGAUCCGAGUCGAGAAACAGGAGAUCAGGGAUCUGAUGAAGGAGCAUUCGCCCAGGAACCUGGCCGAAGAAGCACCAUUGUCGGCCAGUAGCUCAUCGUCUCCGUCGUCCUCGGAUGAAGAUGCGAAGGAUGGAUUGCUAUUGUUGGCUGGAGCUGGCCAGUCGAUGGAGAUUCCACAGCGACAGGACCAGAAACGAGUUGGUCGGAGGAAGGGGUCCCAGGAGAGUGGAAUGUACGAUUAGACUGGUUCUCACCUUGCUCAAUAAACAAAAAGUGUCUGCAU